UCUACUCGAGUCUACCCGCAUUGUGCACCUGUUGCUCAUUGCUCUCCGCCACCCCAGCAAAGCCACCGACCUAGAAAGUAGAAACCAGUAGAGCGGCGCCGUGGGCGAUCCGUGUGGAGGAGGGAAGAGAUGAGCGAAGGCGGAGAAGAUGCUGUUCGUCGCAGAAACUCGGUGGCGGACUACCGGAAAAAGCUUCUCCAGCACAAGGAGCUUGAUUCCAGGAUCAGAACGCUGAGGGAAAAUUUGAGAGCCUCAAAGAAGGAGUUCAAUAAAACUGAGGAUGACCUGAAGUCUCUCCAAAGUGUAGGGCAAAUUAUUGGAGAGGUACUUAGGCCACUCGAUAUUGAGCGAUUUAUUGUAAAGGCAAGCAGUGGACCAAGAUAUGUUGUCGGUUGCCGUAGCAAAGUGGAGAAAGAGAAGCUGACAUCUGGGACCCGUGUGGUUCUUGACAUGACUACUCUCACAAUUAUGCGUGCCCUUCCACGUGAGGUUGAUCCUGUUGUGUAUAACAUGCUCCAUGAAGAUCCUGGAAAUGUUAGUUACUCUGCUGUUGGUGGACUAUCUGAUCAGAUAAGGGAACUGAGAGAGUCAAUUGAACUGCCCCUUAUGAAUCCAGAACUCUUUCUCAGAGUAGGAAUUAAACCUCCAAAGGGAGUGCUCCUCUAUGGGCCGCCCGGUACUGGAAAGACACUACUGGCUAGAGCAAUUGCUAGCAACAUAGAUGCAAACUUUCUGAAGGUCGUCUCAAGUGCUAUAAUUGACAAAUAUAUAGGUGAAAGUGCGCGACUGAUAAGGGAGAUGUUUGGUUAUGCACGUGACCACCAACCUUGUAUUAUUUUCAUGGAUGAGAUUGAUGCCAUUGGGGGGCGUCGUUUUAGUGAGGGAACUAGCGCUGAUCGGGAGAUUCAACGAACAUUAAUGGAAUUGCUCAAUCAACUGGAUGGGUUUGAUCAACUAGGGAAGGUUAAAAUGAUUAUGGCAACAAAUCGACCAGAUGUUCUGGAUCCAGCUCUUCUUCGCCCUGGCCGGCUUGACAGAAAAAUUGAGAUUCCUUUACCAAAUGAACAGUCGAGGAUGGAAAUCCUUAAGAUACACGCUGCAGGUAUAGCAAAACAUGGUGACAUUGAUUAUGAGGCGGUUGUAAAACUUGCUGAGGGUUUCAAUGGAGCAGAUCUUCGUAACGUAUGCACAGAAGCUGGUAUGUCCGCAAUUCGCGCAGAACGGGACUAUGUUAUUCACGAGGACUUUAUGAAGGCUGUGAGGAAAUUGAAUGAAGCAAAGAAGCUAGAAUCAAGCGCUCAUUACAAUGCUGAUUUCAGCAAGGAUUAGGAUACUUCUAAAAGAUAUCGGUGUCCAAAAGCAACUUUGAACAUUGAUUAACAGCUCGCUUUGCCUUACAUCCCAUCGACGUAUAGAAUCUUCUUGCUUUGUCUAGAGCUAAAUUGCUUAAAAAUCAAUCUUCAUCACUUUUGAAGCAUGUUGAUUUCUUCAUCACGAACUGGUUAAUGGUUAUUGCUCAUGGAUUCCUAGUUAAUUCCUAUUGUUAUUCUAUUAUCUAUUUGAUUUCGUAAACAUGUUGAUUUCUCAACGGUUAGUCUGUAAUUGUCUAUUGGGUCAGUGUAUGGAUCGAUGAAUACUAUUCAAAUUCAUCCCUCAACAAAUAUGUAUUUACCUUUGAAUCCAUUUAUAUAAUCGUUUGAAUCACAAA